AUGCCUCGACAAAAAAAACGUACUCAUGCGACCUUAGCAUGUAUAAAUUGUCGACUGAGACAUGAAAAAUGCGAAAGAAUUCCUGGGGAGGAUAUUUGUACAAACUGUAAAGAAUACAAUCGACCCUGUGUUUCUAUCCCUGGUAACAAACGUGGACCAAAGUCCCGAAGACAAAAUCCUGGGUUUGCAAAUCCCCAGCCUUUUUCAAAUAUUAGCUCUUGCGGAGCAACUCAGACCAACAACACUCAAUAUCAACUCACGACCGGUAUCGAGUACUCAUGCUUGACUCCAGGAGUUUGCACUCAAUAUCAACUCACACCCAGUGUCGAGAGCUAUUUAUACCUGAUACCAGAAAAGUAUCAAGAGCAACUUACGCCAUGUAGUUUGUGUGGCUUAUACCCAGUAUCGGGAACUACUGAAGUAUUCCAAAAUACUCUCACUAAUCAAUCCUCCUCAACAUCUUUUCUCUCAUCCUCUUUUGCAUAUGAAGAAUCCGCGUUAAAUAUUGAUCGUCCAACUAUUAGUGGUCCUUUAACUAUUAAUUUGACAUCAUUAUCUAAACCUUUUAAUUACUUCCGUUUCGGCUAA